AUGCCCUCGACUGGCUCGUGUUUCCUUUCCUCUUCCCUGCAAUGUGUGCCUGGAAUGGGGCGCGCUGCCGAGACCAUGCACAUCUUGUUGGUCUGCCAGGAGGCAAUCAGCGGGCCAUGGGAGUGCUUCGUGCUGCACUUGGUUGUCUGCCAGGAGGCAAUCAUCAGGCAGGCCAUGAGAGUGCUUCGUGCUGCACUUGGUUGUCUGAUGAAGAUUAACCCCGUGCACCAGCUUCUAUUUGACCUUUUCUUCGUCAUGCGGCCGUUGAUGGAGACAUGGCCUGAUGGCCUCGUCUCGGUCAUAAGCCCCUUCAUUUGUCAGGAUCAAUGUGUGCUUUACGCGAGGGGCAAUGCAGUAGGAUUGGGAGGAGACCAGGUUAGGACCAUGGCAUCGGCGGAGGGGUGGGGAGUGGAAUGGGCAGAUGCGCCGGGUACGAGGUCCGUGGUCUCUAGUGAGGAAGGUGCAGCCGAUGGCGGAAGGAGCGUGAGAUGGCAGAGAAUGGAUCGAGCCAUGCGCCGGAGGGUGGAUGAGGGCUUGGUAGGGAGUUCGGGGAGUUCGGACGAAGCAAUGCCCUUGAUGAUGUAUCAGAAGCCCAGUCAAUUCCCGUCACUUCCUGACGUCGCGACAUUUGCCGAAUAG